GAAGCCGAGAAGAUGGAGACCGAGUCCGGGGCGCAAACAUCAAACCAGACGCAAACAGAUUCGUUAUCUCCAUCCCCUAAUCCUGUGUCACCUGUGCCUUUGAAUAACCCAACAAGUGCCCCAAGAUAUGGAACAGUGAUCCCUAAUCGCAUCUUUGUAGGAGGAAUUGACUUUAAGACUAAUGAAAAUGAUUUAAGAAAAUUUUUUUCCCAAUAUGGGUCUGUGAAAGAAGUGAAGAUUGUAAAUGACAGAGCUGGAGUGUCCAAAGGGUAUGGCUUCAUCACUUUUGAGACACAAGAAGAUGCACAAAAAAUUUUACAAGAGGCUGAGAAACUUAAUUACAAGGAUAAGAAACUGAACAUUGGUCCAGCAAUAAGAAAACAACAAGUAGGGAUCCCUCGUUCUAGUAUAAUGCCUGCAGCUGGAACAAUGUACCUAACAACUUCAACUGGAUAUCCUUACACCUAUCAUAAUGGUGUUGCUUAUUUUCAUACUCCAGAAGUAACUUCUGUCCCACCACCUUGGCCUUCACGUUCUAUAUCUAGUUCUCCUGUGAUGGUGGCUCAGCCCGUUUAUCAGCAGCCUGCAUAUCACUAUCAGGCCCCUACACAGUGUCUACCCGGACAGUGGCAAUGGAGUGUUCCUCAGUCUCCUGCCUCUUCUACUCCAUUCUUAUACCUACAACCUUCUGAAGUUAUUUAUCAACCAGUGGAAUUUGCACAAGAUGGUGGGUGUGUUCCUCCGCCACUGUCUCUGAUGGAAUCUUCAGUUCCAGAGCCUUAUUCUGAUCAUGGAGUUCAAGCAACUUAUCACCAGGUUUACACUCCAAGUGCCUUUGCUAUGCCUGCACCUGUGAUGCAGCCUGAACCAAUUAAAACAGUGUGGAGCAUUCAUUAUUAAGACAAUUGGGCAGCUCUAGUCCACCUCAGCUGAUCUCUAAUCCAAUGAUCCUUGUGUGACCGAAAUCCAGCUUCAACGAACCAGCUAGAAGCUGCCCGUUGUGAAAUUUAGGGUUAGUUAAUACAUCACUAUACACUGUCUAAAUUUGAUGAAAUUUGCCUUUUUCAGCUGUUCUACAAAAUUAUUUAGGUAGAUGUGACAUGUUGAUACUUUUAAUGUGUUAACCUAACUAUAGUGACAUUUUCUACGACAUGUUUUAUCCAUUCCAUAAAUAAUCACAU